CAUUAACCUAUUAUAUAUAUUAGGUCAUUUUGGAAGUAAGGUAGUCAGCUUCUUAAGCAAGGCAUUCGCAGUAAACAGCUUGAACUGUAAAUUCUUGGUCGACCUCAUUUGUCGCAUUUUGCUGUAACAGUUCAAUAUGACAUCGCCUUUUCAGGUGCUUUCGUCUAUUCCUUGUGAUCUUGCCUGCUUGUCAAUAGCUACAAUGAGUGAUGUCAGGAGCUACUUCGAGAACACCUACGACCUCUAUGAAAACUUGUUUCGUGGAAUCAAAGAUGAGAUUGCUUAUUUCAAAUACCCGGAUGCACUACGACUACCGCUGAUAUUUUACUACGGGCACACAGCUGCGGUCUACAUUAACAAGCUAAUGCUAGCGGGUUUGAUAGAGGAACGAGUUACUUUCGAGUACGAAUCUCUUUUUGAAACGGGAGUCGAUGAGAUGUCCUGGGAUGACACGGAAAAUUUCCGUAUGGGUGGAAAAUUCGUUUGGCCAUCUGUCAGUGAAGUACAGAAAUACAGAGAUGAUGUAAAGAAGACCAUCCUGAAGCUUAUCGACACUAAACCAAUGGACGUCCCUGUCACUCAAGACAGUCCCUGGUGGUCUCUUUUCAUGGGAAUGGAACAUGAAAGGAUUCAUUUCGAGACAUCUUCAGUCCUGAUUCGUCAGUUGCCGAUUGAAUAUGUUGGCAGGCCAGAUAACUGGGAAUAUGGACCGCUAACAGCAGAUCCACCUGUUACCAAAACCUCGAUGCUAAAGGUGCAAAACUGCACAGUUACAGUAGGAAAACCACGUGACUUUCCCUCGUAUGGAUGGGACAAUGAGUAUGGAGAAUGGACCGUAAGGGUACCCGAGUUCGAAGCCAGCAAAUACCUUGUUACAAAUCGUGAGUUUCUGGAGUUUGUCGAGGCUGGUGGAUACGAAAACAAAACCUACUGGUCGGACGAAGGUUGGAAAUGGCGCUCGUUCCGCAAAGCCAAGCACCCAAGCUUCUGGGUAUGUAACCAGGCCUGCAAGAGCGGAUGCGGAAAUGACCUUGCUGAUUAUUCACAUUGUUGCCUAGCAACCAGUGACAAUGACAUCAAUGGGAAUGAAUACCACUUACAGUACAAAUACCGUGCUAUAUUUGACGUGAUUGACACGCCUCUAGACUGGCCAGCAGAAGUGAACUACUUUGAAGCAAAAGCUUAUUGUGCCUGGAAAGGACCUGAGUACAGAUUACUUACCGAGGCAGAGCACCAUGCCAUAAGAGGACCACAGAAACCUGUUUGCAUGGGAACUGCUAGCGACCCAUUAUACCAGAUAGAUUUUAAAGCUAAUAUCAACAUGAAAUAUGCAUCAUCAACGCCGGUCAACAUGUUCCCAGCCAGUGAAACAGGCUUCCAUGACGCGUUCGGCAACGUGUGGUGCUGGACGGAGGACCAAUUCAACGGCCUGCCUGGUUUUGAAACACACUAUCUUUAUGAUGACUUCUCUACUCCAACAUUUGAUGGAAAGCACUUCGUGAUAUUGGGUGGUUCAUGGGCGUCGACCGGAGACGAAGCGUCUCGCUUUGCUCGUUAUGCUUUCCGUCCACACUUUUUCCAGCAUCUCGGUUUUCGUGUUGUGCGAUCUGUCAACUCCACCCCUCCYCCUGUUCGUCUUGUUAGCACAAGCGUGUACAUUCCUGGAGUAGGUGUGGAGGGAAAUCGUGUUCAGAUCCCAGGAAUAGAAGACGGAGAGGCCCGGUACCCAAGCACCAACAAACAAUACGUCAACGACACAAACGAAUUUCUCCAAGAAGAACUGGCCAAACAGUAUGGAGAUGAGUCGAUUGACCCGUUUACAGAUCUGUGUUUAGAGUACGUUAGUCAAUGUAACUGUGCAACAGGGUCGGCCUUAAAUCUUCUGUGUUCUGUAGGACGACAAGCCUUCGAGUUAUCUAAACACUUUGAUGAAGUUUUGGGGAUUGAUUACAGUGGUCGCCUUAUUAACGCUGCUCAGAACCUGCAGAAAAGAAAAGGAAUGGGUUUGGGAAGUUCUGGUAUGUUGGUUGAAAUUCUUGAAGGUGCUAAUGCAGAGAGAGUUACAUUCAAGCAGCUUACAUGGCUUCCAAACGAGAUAAACAAGUUUGAUUGUGUUACCUUUAGAGGUCUUGACCGCCUAUCCUGUCCUGAAGCAUGGCUUGCGCGCAUGCGUGAAAUUGUCAAUCCUCAGGGAUUGGUCGUCAUAGAAACAAGCCAGAACUGCGACAGCGAAAAGGUUGCAUGUUUUUUUGGAAAUAGUUUCUAUCUAUUAGAAAAAAAAGUAAUAUCGAAGGUAAUAAAUGACAGCAAGAAUGAAGGGCUUCGUUCAUGUGACAGGUGUCACUCCAGCAUUGCCAUGAUUUGGACCCGUCAAUAAUUUGGUCUGCAAUAGGUGAAUUUAGAAUUCUUGCCGUGCAUCUUUGCAGCUUUAUAUAUUCGUUCCAUUCCAGACACAGUUAUUUUAAACAGUUUCUUAAGGACGUUCACGAGCAAAAGAUCCCAUCGUCGGAUUUUUAAAAAAAUUUGUAUAUCAAAGAACAACAUACUAGAAGUAAAAUAAGCAAAUAAAAAAUGGGGUCCUCGAUUUCGUUUAGCCAUCAGAAUACGUGGAAGUUCACCAUUUUUACGGUAAAAACACGCGAACAAAAAAAAUUCAAAAAAUAGUCAAAUUUUGUAUUGAAAAAAAUCAAUUGAAUGUCACCAUUUUUCACAGAAGACUAGAAAAUAACCAAAUAACUAGUUAGCAUUUGAAAUUUGUGUUAAAAAUUAGAAAUAUAGAGUGUUAUUGUGCUAUAAGUAUGGACUUGACUUAA